ACAAAGCUGCGAACGCAGACACUAGUUUAACAGGUUUUCAAGCAGUACGCAGCACACAACUCCGCAAAAAGGCUCGCCAAACUCCACCUUCAAGGAGGGUUACGUUUAGGCUGGGAACGCAGACACUAGCUCAACUGGUUUUCCAGCAUUCGCAGCACAGCAGAGCACUUCACAACAAAGGUUGGUCGAACUUCAUACAUGCCAAGGGUUAUACCGGCAAUGGUGUCUGCUGUCAUCGUGCUGCUGUGCAUGACAGCAUGGUGCUGUGCCGGAGGCUCAAUAGUCCGAUGGACCGCCCCUGUUGGAGGUAGCUGGUCACAACAAGACAACUGGGAAGGACAAAAGGUUCCUGGACCCGAUGAUGAUGUUGUCAUAGAACUGAUAGAAGGAAAUCCCUCACCUAUAGAGGAAGAACAAAUCAGCUGCACCACACAGUCCCGGCAUAUGGAUGGAGAAGCAUUUACAGCGGUCUGCCCUGCUGGAUGUGCGACUACAGGAAGUAGUGUCUGGGGUACUGCCAUUUACACAGACGACUCCAGUAUCUGCCGUGCUGCUAUCCAUGACGGCAGGAUCCCGGCUACUGGCGGAGUAGUCACGGUCUACAAACUACCCGGACAGUCCUCGUACCAAGCUUCCACCCAGAACGGAAUCACCACCGGAAGGUGGGGCUCUUGGCAUGGUUCUUUUGCCUUCUCACAGGCUUUCACAAUCACCGUAAGAGUUGACAGCGACACAGAAAUUCGGAAUCUCCACACAUUCCCGAACAUAACCCUUGAAGUCGUCAAUUCGCUUACCGUAAGCGGAAACAUGCAAGUGGAUGGGCAACUUACCUUGUUUACCAGCGAUUCAAAUAAGGGAAUAGAAGUGGGAAACAUGGCGCGGGUAAAGGGAAGCUUUCAGUGGAUGGCUGGAAAGUUCAGUAGUCGUGCACAAGGACAGCUCCAUGUAGAAGAGAGGAUGCAGCUAAACCCGGGCUGGGGAAACAGACACCUUGAUGCCCGAUUGUCAGGUACAGAACUGUACAUCCAUGGAGAGGCGUUGGUCGAAGGAAGUUCUUCCUCUGGCAGGCUGUACAUCUUAAAUGGGGCGAAGCUGAUAGUAACGGAAGGAGCUACUCUAAACAUGACUGGCAUCUUAUCUUUGCUGAAGGAAAAUACAGGCAGUGUCGUCAACAAUGGAUCCUUGAAUAUACAUUCCUCUGGCACUGUAUCAGUUGCACCGACCAUCUACAGCAUAGGGGAUGUCCAGGUGAUCAAAGGGGUUUUCUCUUGCACAGGUUCAAGUACAUGGCAAAACGUAAUCUGGGUUUUAUCAGAAGCCACGCUAAAGUUAUCGGGGGGUACUCACACGUUGGAGCAAUCAUCCACUCUGCGUGGUUCUGGCAAUCUGGACGUGGGGGCCCGAGUAACAGUUCUAAGCAAAGACGUACGGGUAAAAAAUAUUCGCGUCAGUGGUGGGACUUUGGACCUAUACACAGCUUCAAGUGAACUCACUGUCGGCAAGAUUGAAGUAGCAAUCAGAGGUGUGUUCAACAUCCAUAGUAGCGGAAACUCAUCCGAUUGGCUGCCGCUGCACGUUCCAGAUGUUAUUCUUCGGUCUAACAACUAUGAUUAUGAGACAGCCACAUUGUACUGUGAAAGAAAUUUACGGACUAAAAGGCUACACAUGGCACCGGGAAGAUACCAAACGGGACUCCUGUUCAAAGUGAUGGGUGACGUGGCGAUAGCUGAAAGUUGGAGUUGGAACGGAGGAACAAUUCAAACCAGUGGCCCAGUGACUGUCAACGGAUCACUCUUGAUUGAAGGUUCCACAGACGGAACUGCGAAAGUACCGGAGAUGUAUCUGAAUGGACCAGUGACGACCAGAGGUUCGCAAACAAUUAACAUCAACCACGGUGGAAAGAUAUUCAACUCUGCAGGCAACGUAGUCUCGAUCCGUGGAAGCCUCAACCUUCGCGGAAGCGGUUAUUUCCAAAACAAUGGUGAAGUCAAGGUUGAGCAAUCAUCGCCUGGUACAGCGUACAUUGCCUUGUCAUCGUUCGAUAAUUUUGGACGAACUACAGUGUCGGGUACCCCUGGAUCUGGACUCAGCAUCAGCAUAAACCAUGGCCUGACAGGGACGUACCACGUCUCUGAGAACAAUGUUCUCACCAUUGUCGGCCCCUCCACUCAUGUAGGCAGGGUUCUGAAAGAUGCCGUACUGACUGGUGGAGGAUGGCUCCAAGUUAAUGGACCAGAGGUUGGAUUCAAGUCCAUCCGAGUCAGCGGCGUAUCAGUCACAGCCGGAACAGUCUACAUCGGAUCCGAACAACGCCAACGCAUCCCCAGUCUGAAGGUAACAAGAGGGCUCGUUGUGCUUGACGAGUCGUCGUCACCCACAGAAAUAGAUGAUCUGGUUAUCACAGGGGGAGAAGUGACGUUCAACAGACCAACAACAGUACACGAUUGUGAAGUCAGAAGCGGGGUAUUGAGUGGUGACAGUGACAUUAAUGUAAACGGAACAUUUGUCUGGACCGGAGGGACAUUAGCAGGCAGGCUUGGCAGCCGGAUGACCGUCAACGGAAACAUGCAAGUGGCACCCUAUGGAACCAUGUAUCUCAACCGUUACCUUGUCCUGAAAGGGAAGUCUGACUGGGUCACAACUAGCCUGAAUCUUGUCCUGACAAGGGUGUUUGAGAUUUCCCCAGGAGCGUCGUUAAGUAUCCAUGGCGGGGGCAUGGUCUUCACCAGUUCAUCAAGUGAUGAGAACGGUGCACUGCAGAACUACGGGGACAUUAUCAUCGAUGCACCCUACCAGGACUUACGUAUCAACACACCGUUCCGAAACUACGCAUCCAUCCAGAUACAACAUGGCAACCUUCUCUUACAGAGGUCCUCGGUAAUGGCUGGUGCGAUGAUAAACUCAACAGACAAGAGUAAGAUCGUGAUAUCGGAUGGGAACCAUGAGAUCGUCACUGAUGGAACCCUUGGCAUACAAUCGACUUUGGAGGUAACUAAUGGAAACAUGAGGAGCAAGAACAUCCCUUGGUCUACAAUAAACCUGAGAAGGGGAAAUGUUCACCUGGACCUUUCUGGAAGUUCAGCAUCGAUGGAUUCCAUCAGUGUGACAGGCGGAUCCCUCCAAAUCACCAGCACCACUCCCAGCAGUGACACACCGACACUGACCGUUCACAACUCGGUAACAGUCACCAACGGGCAACUGAAACUUCUGGGAGUUAACUGCAAUGUCAAACAUCUGACGAUUUCCCACCAGAAUGCAAGGAUCGAGAUUGAAAGACAUAUAGAGAUUGAAGACACGUUCCUCUGGGAUGCCGGGACACUAGCUGGCACUGCGUUUGCAGAUUGUGAAAUUUCACGUACAUCUGUAACUGGAUCCCUGACUGUAACUGGAAAUGGUGUGCGAUAUCUCAAGACACAAUCAAUGUCCAUUCGAGGCAAUGGCCAAUGGUUUGGGCAGGGUCAGUUGAGAUUGGACAGCGCUGCCGAACUUGUAAUAGCAGAAGGUGCAAGUUUUGAGCACCAAGGGGGAGGAACAUAUACUUCACAGGACAACCUUGCUCGAGUAGUGAACAAGGGGACCUAUAAAUUGUUCCCCCACAGUGACGUCAACAUGGAUGUCAAAUUUCAGAACACUGGUCAGCUAUAUCUACCAGACACGGCAACCCUGUCAUUUAGAGCUGAUGCUCAAUUAAGAGGACAGCUUCAAGCUGAUAAAGGAUCUGAACUUCAUCUCUUGGAAGGAUCACAUCUUAUCAUCGAUGAAGCUUCAACCUUCCGUGCUGUUACUACUGCUAAGUUGGUGUUGUGA